AUGGAUGCGUUACAUGCAAAGGUCGAAUUUGGAGGUGUGAUGGAGCGAAACCAAUAUGCGGCAAAUGCAAGGAAGAUGGACAGCUCUGCAUUUGGCCUCGAUCGAAAUCUCCUCAACAGCCAGUUCAUCAGCCCCCAUGCGACAACACCGGCACAAUUGAUCUUCGCGGCAGAAUCGAGGUUCCUCGCUCGACAAAAGGCGGCCAUCGCAAAGACUGGUAAGGCUGAUCCAUUCGACAGAUCUGCGCCUGGACGGAAUACAGUGAUAGCCUCAAGCUUGAGCCGUCCCGAAUCCCCCGACUCUACUCAAGGACCGGGUGACAUCGCCGUGGACCGGAGUUCGUCCAACAUGUUCCCUCAAGCACUUUCACAAAGGGUUUUGUCACUGCCAUCAAGACCGCAGACCGAGCGAAACGUUCAACGGUCCAGCAGCCUCACAGCCCCAAGCACAAUCACAUUCGACGAGGUCUUCAAAAGCGUUCGGAGCAAAGAUUCACAGAACAAGCAUUUCAUCGUUGAAUUCCCACAACACAGCAGCAAGUGGUAUAUCCUGUGGUGUAAUAAGCAUGACAUGAACUUCGGGGAGUACCCAUUUAGUUCUGCAGGGUGUCACAUCGACUCCGAGGCUCACGGCCAUCUCCCGCGCACCCACGAGAACUGUAUAUCGGAGCUGGGAGUGCUCGUUCUUGGUUGUACUUCCAAGCGCGCAGAGAGUAACAACGAGGCUUACAAGGAGGCCCUCCAGGGCGGGUACAAACCGAAGCAAGGGAACACGAAAUCGCACAAGAAGGGCAGACCCAGGACCAGCCACACCCACAACCAUGGUUCAAUCGAGACGAAAAGACGUCACAAUGGCUCUCGACCGGCCGGGUUGUUCAAGCCCUUCGAGGGCAUCGUCAAUCCCGUUCCGGGUGACGUGUACCAGGGAGCUCAGCACAAGCCGGGACGCAUGGAGCCUCAAUGGUGGCUAGUAGUUCGUCUUCCUCUGAGAAAUUGGUAA